AUGGCUCCUGCUAUCCAGGACCCGGCGGUCUACAUCCAGACCAUUGCGCAGCCUCCGCCGCCAGGCUCACCCUACGCCCUCCCCGUACCCGGCACUGAGCGCCCCAACCGGACCGCCGCCUACCGCCACUGGCGCUUCGUCAACGGCCCACUGCUCGACACUUUUAACCCGGCCCACCAGACCUUCCAUGAUCUCUUCGAGCAUUCCGCUUCCACCUACCCCAACCGCCGGUGCUUGGGAACGAGGCCCUGGAAUCCCGUGACCAAGACAUUCGAGCCCAAGUAUGUCUGGAUCUCGUACGGCGAGGUUGCUGAGCGCAGGAAGAACUUUGGCGCUGGCAUCGUCGAGCUACACAACCAGAUUGGCUUCACCCAGGACAAGUACGGUGUCGGUUUGUGGGCACAGAACCGCGCGGAAUGGCAGAUUACAGAGCUUGCCCUCGUCUCCCAGGCCCUCUUUCCCGUGUCCCUUUACGAGACCCUUGGGCCCGAGACCUCCGAGUACAUCAUAAACCACGCCGGCCUGACGUGCAUUGUUUGCUCGCUGCCCCAUAUCCCCACGUUGCUCAAGCUAGCGCCCCGCGUGCCUUCCCUGAAGCUCAUCAUCUCGCUCGACCCCUUGGACGCUGGCGAGCCGGCUGGGCAUUCCAAGCUGUCCCUGCUCAAUGCCGCCGCCGCCCAGGUCGGCAUCCAGAUCCACUCGAUGGGCGAUGUCGAAGCCCUUGGCGCCAGGUCCGGCCGGCCCAUGAGACCCCCUAGGCGCGAAGACAUCUUGACCAUCAACUAUACUUCGGGCACCACGGGAGACCCAAAGGGCGUUGUACUUACCCACGCCGUUGGCGUUGCUGGCAUCACUGCUGCGCGCUCCAACGAGAGCAUGAGGUCAAACGACGUGCACUUAUCCUAUCUCCCCCUGGCUCACAUCUACGGCCGCAUGUGCGACCAGUCCGCGCUAUCCUCGGCCGCGAGCAUUGGCUACUUCCACGGCGACAUCACAACCCUAGUCGAGGACUUGAAGAUUCUGCAGCCAACGGCGCUGAUGUCGGUGCCUCGGUUAUAUAACCGCAUCAGCUCCGCCAUCCAGGCUGCGACUAUUGAGGCUGACGGCUUCAAGGGCGCGCUUUCGCGCCACGUCGUCGAGACCAAGAAAGCCAACAUGAAGCUUCCCCACGGCAAGGCCUACAACUCGCACCUAUUGUUCGACCGCAUAUGGACGCCCAAGGUGGUCAAGGCAGUGGGCCUGGGGCGCGCGCGCACCAUGGUUAGCGGCAGCGCCCAGCUCGAUCCCGACGUGCACGAGUUCCUGCGCGCGGCAUUUGGCAAUAACUUUGUCCAGGGCUUCGGUAUGACAGAGUCGUACGCCACGGGUACGGUACAGAUGAAGGGCGACUUCACAACGGGCAACAUCGGGCCGCCGUGCCCUUCGGUCGAGCUGUGCAUCGAGUCGGUGCCCGAAUUCGAAUACACGGUGCAGGACAAGCCCAACCCGCGUGGCGAGCUGCUGAUGCGCGGCCCCAUCGUCUUCAGCGAGUACUACAAGAACCCCGAGGAGACCAAGAAGACGGUCGAAGCCGACGGCUGGUUCCACACGGGAGACAUUGUCGAGGUCGACAGCAUGGGACGCUUCAAGAUCAUCGAUCGCAAGAAGAACGUGCUCAAGCUCGCCCAGGGCGAGUACAUUUCGCCCGAGCGCAUUGAGAACGUGUACAUGGGCAGCACGAAUCUGAUCGCCAUGGCCUACGUACACGGCGACCCCAAGGAAUCGAGCCUCGUGGCCGUCUUGGGCCUCGACCCGCUCCACUUUGCGCCCUACGCCAGCAGGAUACUCAAGAAGACCAUCGCGGCCGAGGACCAUGCUGCCCUCAAGGUUGCCGCCAACGACUCCCGUGUCAAGACAAACUUCCUCAAGCUGCUUGAGGACAUUGGCAAGAGCCACAAGUUCAACAGCUUUGAGAAGGUCAAGAAUGUCUACUUUGACAUUGAGCCCUUCUCUAUGGAAAACGAGCUCCUAACACCCACACUCAAGCUCAAGCGGCCCCAGACGGCUAAGGCGUUCAAGAAUGAGAUUGCUCGCAUGUACGAAGAGCUCGCUGCCGGACGCACCGAGAAGCCGAAGCUGUAA